AUGGAAUCAUCACAGACCCGUCCUCAAUCUCCUCCUGACUUUUCCGUGCCAGCCUCGUCUUCCACCGUUGAUGUCCGCGUAAUCAACACUAAUACACGCCUCUACCUGAAACCAGGGGUGUUCUGGGAGCCAGCCUUGCGCGGCUUCGAAGGCCCCCACGCGCCCAUCUACUGUUUCCUAAUAUCGCACGGGGAUCGCCACAUAGUCUUCGAUUUGGGCGUCCGCACUGACUGGGAAAACUAUGCGCCCAAGGUCGUCCAGCUCGUCAAGGCGACGACGGUGGUAAGUGACUGCACGCGGGACGUGGCCGCCGUCCUGGACGAGGACGAGAGCGGGCUGGGGAUCCGCACCACCGACAUAGAGGCCAUCGUGUGGUCGCACAACCAUUUCGACCAUACAGGCGACCCGUCGCGGUUCCCACCCACGACUGAGCUCGUCGUUGGCCCUGGUGUCGCUGCCAGCUCGUGGCCCGGCUAUCCAUCCAACCCGGAUGGCAUCGUGCUCGACAGCGACGCGGCCGGUCGCCCCGUGCGGGAGAUCUCUUUCGAAUCCCCCAACAACCACAAACCCCUCCGCCUGGGCCGCUUCAACGCUGUUGACUAUUUCGGCGACGGGUCAUUUUACCUCCUCGACGCCCCUGGCCAUGCUAUUGGUCACUUGUGUGGCCUCGCGCGCACCACCGCCGACCCGCCCACUUUCGUCUUCAUGGGCGCUGAUGCCUGCCAUCAUCCUGGUGUGCUACGGCCUUCGGCCUAUCUGCCGCUACCAUCAUCAUCAGCAGUAGCAGAGAAGCACCACUACGGAGGCUGUCCCGGCGAUCUGUUGAUGCAGAUCGGCAAGUGGCAGAAUUCCCACGAGCCCUUCUUUCAGGUCGCUCGUGGUCCGUUGUUCCCCGACUACCCGGCGGCAAUGGAAACAGUCACGAAGAUCCAGGAACUCGAUGCGGCGGACAACGUUCUGGUCCUGUUGGCCCAUGAUGAUUCUCUGCACGGUCGUCUGCCUUUGUUUCCUGAUCGCGUCAAUGACUGGAAGGCGCAGGGGCUGCGCGAGGAUACGCGGUGGUUGUUCUGCCAUGAAUUGCAGCAUGUGGAGGAACGGUGA